AGACGGAGACGUCGCGUUGAUGACGUAAUAAAUCAGCGACUGUUGAUGCGACACACGAGGAUUGGUUUAAAGAGAGUUUCUCGUUGUUGUUUUGUUAAACAUCGUUAACAGAGGUUUUCAUCGAGGUCUGGGGGACGAGAUACGACAGACAUGGCGGACUUCUCGGAGCUGGGACUGUCAGACUGGCUCAUUAAACAGUGUCACCAGCUGGGAAUCACCAAACCCACUCCGGUGCAGGAGAACUGUAUGCCACCCAUCCUCGAGGGUCGGGACUGUAUGGGCUGCGCCAAGACUGGCAGUGGGAAGACGGCUGCGUUUGUUCUCCCAGUACUGCAGAAACUGUCGGAGGACCCAUAUGGUAUCUACUGCCUGGUGCUCACUCCCACCAGGGAGCUGGCCUAUCAGAUCGCUGAGCAGUUCCGAGUCUUGGGGAAACCUCUGGGUCUGAAGGACUGCAUCGUCGUAGGGGGAAUGGACAUGGUGGCCCAGGCCCUGGAGCUGUCCGACAAGCCGCACGUGGUCGUGGCGACGCCGGGUCGACUGGCUGAUCACAUCCGCAGCUCCAACACCUUCAGCAUGAGCAAGAUCCAGUUCUUGAUUAUGGAUGAGGCGGACCGGCUGUUAGAACAGGGCUGCACUGACUUCACCAAAGACCUGGAGGUGAUCCUGGGGAUUCUCCCGGCCAAACGUCAGACGCUGCUGUUCAGCGCCACGCUCACAGACACGCUGCAGGAGCUGAAGGGCAUCGCCAUGAACAGACCGUACUUCUGGGAGAGCACAUCAGAGACGCGGACGGUGGAGGAGCUGGACCAGAGGUUCAUCCUCACUGCCGAGCGGGUGAAGGACGCCUACCUGGUGCACCUGAUCCAGACGUUCACUGACGAGCACGACGACUGGUCCAUCAUCGUCUUCACCAACACGUGCAAGAAUUGCCAAAUCCUCACCAUGAUGCUGCGGGAAUUUCACUUUCCAACGAUCUCCCUGCACUCCAUGAUGAAGCAGAAACAACGGUUUGCAAACCUCGCCAAGUUCAAGGCCAGCGUCUACAAAAUCCUGAUUGCGACAGAUGUGGCUUCCAGGGGUUUGGAUAUUCCAACUGUCCAGGUCGUCAUUAACCACAACACCCCCGGCCUUCCAAAGAACUACAUCCACAGAGUCGGGCGAACAGCAAGAGCAGGCAGGAACGGAGUGUCCAUCACUCUGGUGACACAGUAUGACAUCCACCUAGUGAACGCCAUCGAAGAGCAGAACCAGACGAAGCUGAAGGAGUAUCCUGUGGAGGAGAAAGAAGUCCUGCAGAUCCUCACCCAGGUCAACGUGACCAGGCGACGCUGUGAAAUAAAACUGGAAACAUCCGACUUUGAUGAGAAAAAGGAGAUCAAUAAGCGGAAACAGCUGAUCCUGGAGGGAAAGGAUCCAGACAUGGAGGCCAAGAGGAAGGCCGAGCUGGAGAAGAUCAGGACACAGAAGAGGAGGUUCAAACAGAAAAUCCAGGAGAGCAUGCAGAGACAGAAACAAGGACAGCUGAAGAAGAAACUGACUAAGACAAAACACAUGGAAAAGAAAAAAGCUCCACAGGCAACAGCAUGAAAACAGCUGACUUGUGUAUAUCUAGUUUAAUUGUAUAAUAUCUGUAAUAUUUUUUCCUGUUUUUCAGCAUAUGCAAAUAAAUUCAUACCGUGAAAACA